UCCUUGUUUAUCUGACUGAUUCUCUCUGCCUGCCUCUCCUCAGAUUGACGAUGGCUGAAGCCCAGCUGUUUGUAUCACAGGACGAGUUCAUCUGCUCGGUGUGUCAGGACACCCUGACUGACCCCGUCACCAUCCCCUGUGGACACAAUUUCUGUCUGACGUGCCUCAUGGACUACUGGGAUCAGAGCCAAGCGUGCAGCUGUCCUCAUUGCAGACAUGUCUUCAUGCUGAGACCGGAACUGAAGAUAAACACUCUGCUGAAUGAAGUCAUCAAGAAACUAAAGAAGACGACACUCAGUCCUCCUCCAUCUCAGAAUUAUGCUAGCCCUGGAGAAAUGGAGUGUGACUUCUGUACUGGGAUGAAGUUCAGAGCGGUGAAGUCCUGUCUAACCUGCAUGGCCUCCUACUGUCAGACUCACCUGCAGCCUCACUAUGAAAUAGCGGCCUGGACGGGACACAAGCUGGUUGAUCCUGGAAUAAAUCUGAAGGAGAAACUCUGUGAGAAACAUCAGAAAAGUCUGGAGAUGUUUUGUAAAACUGACGAGACGUGUAUCUGCAUGAUGUGUGGAAUGACUGAACACAACAGUCAUGAAAAGGUCGAGCUGAAGACGGAAAGAGAAGAAAAACAGAAACAGAUGGGGGCAACACUGAGUGAAAUUAGGAGGAGACUUGAGAAGAAAGAGAAGAAAAUGAAGGAGACGAGGAGGACAAUAGAAAUGAUGAAGAUCUCUGUGGAAGGAGUGAUGGAGGAAUAUGAGAAGAGCUUCACUGCUCUGAUACGGUGCAUUGAGGAAGCCCACAAGAAACUGACUGAGAGGAUCAGAGAACAAGAAAAGAGAGAAACGGAGAAGGUUGAAGGAGUCAUGGAGCAACUGGAGAAGGAGAUUGAGGAGCUGAAGAGAAGAGAAGAUGAAAUGAAGGAGCUUUCAGAGACCAAGGACCAUCUCCACUUCCUGCAGACUUUCUCAUCUUGCUGUGUCCUUCCUGAUGAUGAAGACUCGCUCAGCUUCACUGUCACCACCGAUUUCUCUUCUGAGGACCUGCUAAAGGAGCUGUCAGGUCUGAAAACGUUUCUGGAGGAGAUCAGCCAGUGGGACAUCCUGCCUUUGACUCCAUCAGGUUGUGAAGCUCCAAUCUUCACCCUACGACAUCCUGAACCUCAGAGCAGAGAGGAGUUUUUACAAUACUUCUGUCCCCUUACACUGGACAUCAACACGGCACACAGAGACCUCCGUCUGUCUGAAGGGAACAAGAAGGUGACGCGUGAGGUGACAAAAACUAAAUAUCCUGAUCAUCCUGACAGAUUUGAGUACUGGUGCCAAGUUCUGUGCAGAGAGGCUGUGACUGGGACUCGCUGUUACUGGGAGGUGGAGUGCAGUGGAGAUGGUGUGGUGAUUGGAGUCGCAUGUACAGGGCUGAGAAGGAAAGGACGGGGCAGGGAGUGCAGCCUUGGAUACAACGACAAGUCCUGGAGUUUGUGGUGUUCUCAUUCCCAGUACUGUGUGCGUCACAAUAACCAGCAGACUGUAAUCAGCGCCCCCUACAGCCCCAGAAUAGGUGUGUAUCUGGACUGGCCUGCUGGCUCUCUGUCAUUUUAUAGCGUCUCACACACAAUGACCCUCCUGCACAGGUUCAAGACCUCCUUCACUGAGCCCCUCUAUCCAGGGUUUGGGUUUUGUUUUGGUCUUAACUCCAGUGUAACAAUCAGCCAUCUGACACCAUGUGACCACUGACCAGUACCCUCCACCGGUCACUUGAUGUCCCCACAAGCGCAGGUCCUCUUUGUCUUUGUGGUUGGGGUGAAAUUAAUUUUACAGUUUGGGUGUGUUUGGGGGCAGCAACUCUGUGAUUGAAUUUGUGGAUGAGAAUGUGGGGUGAGUGCGGCUGUCAGGGUCUCCAUUAUUAUUAGGUUUGAGUAGCCAAUCAGGUGUGUGUGUCAUAGUGAUGGGCGGUGACACCUCAGACCCACAAAUACCCCACUGACCAGCAGGGGUUACUGUUGAUUCACAGCCACAAGUCCUUCAGGCUGACACCCCAAAAACUAUUGAGGCCCGCAAGUGUCACUGAAUGUCACCUGUUAAGUAAGAGAGGCAUGUGGUCCUGCUGGAUCAGCACAACUGAAAGGCGCUAUACAGACUCAGUAUGGAGAGCUCUUGUAUAGUGACUAUAUGUAGUAGCAGAGAGUGACAGAUGGGACUGGAGUGUUGUCCACUCACCAGACAUGUUGUGACCCUCCAUUGGUCACUCAAAGGGUCCUUCACUUCAGAAUGAAUUCACUGUGAAUGUCUAAAGAUGAGGACUCACAGGUCAGUCAGAUGUUAGCCAUACUGACAUAGUUUGGUGUAUUAGUUGAUGUCACAUUAAACUUUGAACUGCACCUCCUCCUUGUCCCCAGAUUUGUCACUCUUGGUACCCUGAAAGCUCCAACAUCUUCACACGAAUUCUUGGUCAGUUGGCACACACUUGACAUGGGUGCACACGUGUGGCUUUGCAGUGGACUGGCACCCCGUCCAGGGUUGACCCACCUUGUCCACAAACCUGAAAUUGAAAAGCGGAUAAGAAAAACAAGGAAUGGACAGAAGGAGUCACUGAUUGGUCAGUCACCAAACUACUGCAUCUUGUGGCCACUCUAAAUUUAACACAGCAAUUUAUACAAAAAGGAAAUCUAAAAGAUAAAAGCAGAAAGCAUUCAGUGACAUCCUGAGCAGUGAAACAUGAAAGGAGAAAAUGAGAAACAAUCAGAGAGUCCGACGAAUGG